AAUUAUCGCUUGCAAUCACACAUUAUCGACUUCAAACAAAGAUAAAAUGUUACUUCCCUGAUUAUUACUAAUUCUAAGUAGAGUGCCUUAGCAAAUCUACGUAUUUUCAAGCUAAAAUUUUUGUUGUAAAAAUCAAUUUGUACUAAAUAUGGACGUAAACUUCGUAGACAACGGAGGCGGUAUUAACGUCGUUGACGGUGUGAACGUAGCCGACGGUGGUUUCGGGGGGACCAACAUAGUGCACGGUGGAGUCAAUGUGGUGGACGGAGCCGGGGGCGUGAACAUAGUCGACGGCGUGGUCGCUGACCCUGGCUUCGGGAGUGGUGGGGUCCACGUGGUCGAGGGAGAUGGGGGUAUAAACAUCGUAGAUGGAGCCCACGCCCCGCUAGAUGGCGUUAAUGUCGUCGACAAUGAUGGAGGUCGUUGAUUAUGUGAUACAAAAAUAUGGCCAAAAAAAUCUUUUAAGUAAAUCUGAAAACAAUUAUUUUCUAAGUAAUAUUGUAAAAUUAAAAAAAAUAAUAACAUUUAUUACCCCAA